CUGCUGUGCUGCUCCUCCAUAAACUGCAGUUUGUUGUCCUGUCAGCACUGCCCAGCCAUUCCUGUGGCUUACCAGAAUCCAUUGUGAGCCGCCUAACACUAGGGCUUUGCAAAGCAAGAUACAUUUCCAGCUGGCCUGACAGACAGACAGCGUCAAGAGGUGUGUCCAGUGGCGGUGGCCAUCGGGGAUUCAUAAGCAGUAGAUGGAGAUUUGCCUACACGGCUGAGGGAAACGAAGAGGAGAUGGGGAUGAUUACAUGGUCCUUAUUACACAAGUUGCUCACCACUCACUCCUAGACACAAGUGUAGAAAGUAGAAGUAACUUAGUACUCUGUAAUUACAACAGUAAGCACAAGUAGGAGUAACACUCAACGAGGUAUGAAUUGAACAGUUUGAAGUCGAUUAUCUCUGCUCAUAGAAGUUGUUUUUUGUUAAUUUACCCUGGUCUUGCAGUGACAGUGAAAAUAGACCUAGACUGAAGCACACCUAGACACAAGACAACAAUGAAGAAAAUUAAAUUAACUAUGAAAUUAUGAAGAGCAGAACAGCGAUGGAGACCUCCCAUCUUGAGAAGGAACAGGGCUUAAGCUUAGAAGGUCGCGAUGCUCACAAUAGUAGUGUAUGGCAAACGCAUCACCAUUGCUUUUGUGAUCCACCCUCCCAACUAUACAGUUUUGAAAAGAUGUGAUUUGCAUUUAAAAAGUGGGGGUCAUUAGUGUGCAGUUGGGAGAUGUAAGGCCAGUGGAUGAAAAAGACGAAAGAAUGAAAUAAAGUCUUCAGUGUGAGGCUUUAGCUGAAAAUUGAGCUAAAUGUAAUAGAACAUGUAAAAAUGAAGUUCCACACAAAUGUCGAGUGGGCCUGGUAAGACAUAAUUGGUUAAACCCAGGGUCACAAUAGCAAGGACAUAAGCUUAACCACAGAGCACAAAGCAACUGUUCUGGCAGAGGAAAUAAUGAUUGGCUGAUCAGAUACAUUUUGAUGACUUUACUUGGUACAGCUCUCAGCUACAGUCCAUCAUGGCCAGUCAAUAUACAUUGACCAUUUAUUAAAUGUCUGUUAAACUGUGGAGGGUCAUUUUGGUUAAUUUCUAGAUUGUUAUGACUUUUCCCCAUCAAUGUUACAAUGGAGAGGUUGCCCAAGUCCACUCUGCAUCCCCCGUAGUAUUCCUAGAAUCUGACCAUUUUGGAAAAGUAGAGAACAACCACAUAUGUGGCCCCCUGAUCUCAAAUGACAUAAAAACUGAUCAUCAUGGAAAACAUUUCUUGACCAGUAAAAGAAUGAUGUAAAAACACAAUGGGAACUUCUUCAGGCUCAGUGCUUGGCCUAUAAAACAUUUAUAGGUGGUGGUAGCUGUGGCAAGUUUACCUAAGGGGACCUUCACAAAGGUAAUAUAAAAUAGUAAUAAUAGCAACUGGGGUUUAGGACUGUGUUGCACUUAAUCAUUUUCAGCUUUCCUAUAUGUUGCCUGAUGUGUGUACACAUCUGCCACCAUCAGCACUACUGCACGGGGGUGUUAGCGUAGGUGCUGCUGGGGUUGCUGGUUGUUUGCACACUGCACUCUCCCAAGUCUUUUUACUAGAGAUGUACAGGAUCCAAGAUUCGGUUCCGGAUCCGGCAGGAUAAUAGGGUUUUUCACAGGAUCCGGAUCUGGUUCCAGGAUCCAGGAUCCGGUAGCCGAGGCUUUUCAGUCAAAAUAGUUUGAGUCAACGUGAUAAAAAGGGCCCACAUGUGUGAGUAGGCUAUGUGUUUCAACCCUUUCGUAGGAUCCGGUAUCCGGUUCCGGAUCCGGCAGGAUCUUAAGCAGUGGAUCCGGUAUCCGGCAGGAUCCUAAAAGUCAGGAUCCGGUGCAUCUCUACUUUGUACUUUGCUGAUGUGCAGUUGACUGAGGUGGGCAUGCCUCCCUUAGCGAGUUAAAACAGUCACAUAAUAUUUCCAAACAUAUUCAAAACUAGCACGUCCUAACGAGCUUCCAGAUCAAAAGGCUAGCUGAACUAAUUGGAAAAGUUGCCCAAGUCCAGCUUGAAAAAUGAAGAAAGGAAAGAAAUGUCCCCUCUCCGUGAAGGCCAGACUGCCUCCACUUGACAGUUGAGUUGUUUCUCACCUCCAUUUGACUUUGCUCGAUGGGUUUUUCUUUCCUGAAGCGACACUUGUUGGCCGGCCCCCUUCAUUUUGAGAUGUUGGUUCCAUAUGCCACCUUUUACUUUAGUUGGUUACAUAAACAUACGGGCAUGCUGUUGCAUUUGAUGCCCGCUAUAUUUCCCCUUGACGAGAUGACUACACGUGUCCUUGUAGAUAUGCGGCCGCCGCCGUUUGCCAGGAUAAAAGGUUAUUGCAGUUUAGAACCGAUAAACAUAACUGAAAUCCUUUCUUAAAUGGUAAUGCGGCACUUGGCAUUUGGGAUGUGGUUGUAAUUUGGAACCGAGUUUCAGCACCCCAACCCCCUGCAACUGCCUUGACCUUUUCUCUGCUGCCUGUCAGUGGAUACGAUACAGUCAUGGAAGGGGAAAAAAACUCUUAACUUUUUUCUGCUACACAAUCCAGAAGAGCUGGCUUGCUGAUGUCAGAGAUCGUCAAGACCAGAGUACGAACGCUCACGAAGACCCAAGACGGCACGCUGACCCUCAGCAGACAAGCAAGCAAGAAGAGGGAGAGAGGCAGACACACAUACACACAAGGCAGACACACACACAGCAUCUUCCAGACAAAGGACACACACACUCGAGAGACAUCUGGGCCCACCAUGGCAGAUGCAGCCCUCACAGACGCCUGAAGGCCUUUGAUCUCCUCAAGGCUUGAAGAAGACACUUGUGCCUCGGUGUCUGUGGGCGGGAGACAAGCAGGACAAAGGUGGGGAGUCCUGGGUCACCUCCACUGCCACCAGGGGAGCGUCCUUCCACCGCUGCCCAGGAGCGAGCGUCUCUGUCCAGUCAGUGUUGCUGAGGAGGGGGACCCGGCUCCUGGAGCUCAGCAGUGGCGGAGGCUGUGUGUGUGUGUAUGAGAGAGAGAGAGAGCGUGUGUGGGGGUGUAUGUAGCGAAAGACAAGGGUAUCACCAAAAAAGUGUGUGUGUGUGUGUGUGUGUGUGAGUGUGAAUAGAAAGACCAGGCCUUCAAGCUGCUGUUUAUGUGUGUGUGUGUGAGCGAGAGACAGCCAGACAGACAGAAGCACAUUUUUGUGCGAAAAAAAACAACUGUUUGUGGGUGGGUGGGUGGCCAUACUAAAGACUUAGAGAGCGAACUCGGUGUGAAUAACACACAUAGGCAGACACAGGUUAGUAAGUGAAGAGGAGGGCUCUUUAGAGUGAUUGAUAAACUGUGAUCGAGACCACUUUAGUGAGUGUUUGAGCGCUCAUUAUUGCUAGUCCGUGUGUGUGUGAGUGAGUGUGUGUGUGAGACACAGUCUGUGUGAGUGUGUGUAAGAGAAGUAGGUCCUGUCCUGGCUGCAGUGCUGUGACCCCCACUCCCUCUCCCACUCGGUGUCAGUGUGUGAGGGAGAGUGUGUUGUAGUGUGUGUGUGUGUGAGAGAGAGAGUGCGAGAGAGAGAGGCAGAGUGGGUGUGUUUGUGUGUGUUUCGGGUCUCCUGCUGGCUGGUGCCGUGGCCCCCGCUCCCCCUCGCCUCCAAAGCUGGCGAUGUCCCGGGUCCCGAGUCCGCCCCCUCCCGCGGAGAUGACCAGCGGCCCCGUGGCCGAAAGCUGGUGUUACACUCAGAUCAAAGUGGUGAAGUUCUCCUACAUGUGGACCAUCAACAACUUCAGCUUCUGUCGGGAGGAGAUGGGCGAGGUCAUCAAGAGCUCCACGUUCUCCUCGGGAGCCAACGACAAACUCAAAUGGUGUUUGCGAGUGAACCCCAAGGGUCUGGACGAAGAGAGCAAAGACUACCUGUCCCUCUACCUGCUCCUGGUCAGCUGCCCCAAGAGUGAGGUGCGCGCCAAGUUCAAGUUCUCCAUCCUCAACGCCAAGGGAGAGGAGACCAAAGCCAUGGAGAGCCAGAGGGCGUACCGCUUCGUGCAGGGCAAGGACUGGGGCUUCAAAAAGUUCAUAAGGCGGGACUUCCUCCUGGAUGAGGCCAAUGGGCUGCUCCCAGACGACAAGCUCACCCUGUUUUGUGAGGUGAGCGUGGUGCAGGACUCUGUAAACAUCUCUGGCCAGAACACCAUGAACAUGGUGAAGGUUCCGGACUGCCGGCUGGCGGACGAGCUGGGGGGCCUGUGGGAGCACUCACGCUUCACCGACUGCUCGCUCUGCGUCGCUGGCCAGGAGUUCCAGGCACACAAGGCCAUCCUGGCAGCUCGUUCUCCCGUCUUCAGUGCCAUGUUUGAACAUGAGAUGGAGGAGAGCAAGAAGAACCGCGUGGAGAUCAACGACGUGGAGCCGGAGGUGUUCAAGGAGAUGAUGUGCUUCAUCUACACGGGGAAGGCCCCCAACCUGGAUAAGAUGGCCGACGACCUGCUCGCCGCCGCCGACAAGUAUGCCCUGGAGCGUCUGAAGGUGAUGUGUGAGGACGCCCUGUGUACGAGUCUGUCGGUGGAGAACGCGGCGGAGAUCCUCAUCCUGGCCGACCUGCACAGCGCCGACCAGCUCAAGACGCAGGCCGUCGACUUCAUCAACUACCAUGCGUCGGACGUGAUGGAGACCUCCGGCUGGAAGUCCAUGGUGGCGUCUCACCCUCAUCUAGUGGCGGAGGCCUACCGCUCCUUGGCGUCCGCCCAGUGCCCCUUCCUGGGCCCGCCCCGCAAACGCCUCAAGCAGUCCUAGUCCUCAUGGCCCCCAAGGUUCCCAAUCACCGUUUCACCCACCCCACCCCAACCACUCACUCUGAAACCCUCCAAACUCCCUUUUCAUUCCCUUGGCCCCUGAACAGUUCUACUCCACUAAACUACAGCCUUUCCCAUCAUCAAACAUCUCCACCUUUUCCCGGUCUUAAACUCCCUGUUCCUCUUCCUUCUCUGAGCUGAGCCCCGACUUAAGACUGUUUGGAGAUGCUUUGUUCUGAAGGGCUGAGGGUCUUUUUUUUUGCGCCCAAAAUGACCCCCCAAAACCCAUGGAUUGACAGUUGCAGCGCAAACCCCCCCAGAACACACCUUGCUUGUCCACAAUCCCACAGUAGAAGUCCUCCAUGUUGUUUGUUGUUGUUGUUGUUGUUGUUGUUGUCAAUGGGGCUUGCUGGAGGGUAGCCCAGUUUCACCGGAACUGAUGUAGGAGGGGAGAUGAGCAGCAGCUGGGUGUGUAGUCGCUGUUAUUUGCCGCUCCCGCUGUGCAGAACACCAAUCAAAAACACACACACACACACACACACACACACACACACACACACACACACACACACACACACACACACACACACACACACACACACACACACACACACACACACACACACACACACACACACACACACACACACACACACACACACACACACUUAAUGGCCUCCUGUGCUGUUUUGGGUUCAGAGAAAGGGUGAUCGGAUGUGGGGUGUCCCCAUGUCUUGACUCCGCUCCAGAAAUGCUGAGUCAUCUCUCAGCCCAGGGGUGAGACUGCCCCCAACAAAGAACGGAAGGAGGAGAGGAAGAGGACGAGGACGAGGACGGGGAGGAGGAGCAGCCGUGUCCUCAUCGACCCGUGCCACAAUGGGGGCGAGCAGCCAGCGAAGCGACCGGGGUCAAACCGAGAAGGUGGCAGGGCAACGGCUCCUCCCCGUUUUAGACUUUUAAUCUCUCAACACCACCAACACCCUCCUUCCUCCUCCCGUUGUAAACAUCACCAGUGCCCUCCUAAAUCAUGAAUAGAUGAGGGAUGGAUGAUGGAAACGAAUGAUAAUGAGCAAAUUAAACCAAUGAACAGGGAAAGAAAUGGAUAUUUCUCAUGCAAAAUGAGAGCAUUGACUGAA